AUGCUUAGUUCAGUGUUGAGAACGGAGGUGCUGGAGGUGGAGCCAGCAGCGGCUGCAGUGGUGAGACGCUGGCGGAGGCCCGUGGUUAAUCGAGUGGCGGUACCAACGGGGAGAGGUUGUCCCGUUGGUGGAAGUUUGGAGGUGCCUGGACGCAUGGCUAGCGAUGUUUGCCGGUCUAGUCGGUUGUCCUCAACUCCAUUUACUGGCACUGGCAUGGCAAGAGGUGAAGUCGAUUAUGAAGGUUUGCGUUUCAUUCCAUCAGAUGAUGUCAGUGACACAGAAAAGUUGUGGUAA